AUGGUUUGUAGUAUCAGACUUCAACGUAUGGGUGUAAAAAACAACCCAUUGUACAGAAUUGUUGUUACCGACUCUCGUCGUGCACCAUCAUCAGGUAAAAUUGUUGAGAAAAUUGGAGUUUAUGAUCCUAGUGCCAAGAGUAUGGACUAUAUGUUCUUCCAAAAUUCUUUGAAUCCACAAGAAAAAUUCAAGACUUGUUAUGUUGAUAUUGAUAGAGUUAAAUACUGGCUCAGUCAAGGAGCUCAACCAUCUGACCAUGUGAUGAAGCUUUUAUCAAACAUGGGCUUGGUUCCUCCAAAUCCUCAAGUCAUUCCGAAGGGAUGGGAUCCAAAGGUUUGGGAUCAAAGUUUCAGACAAGCACAUUUAUAUUGGAAGAGAAAGAGUAAGAUUGAAGAACAACUCUAA